AUGGAUCCAAACAGGGUAGAAGCCGAGCGAUUGCUCGGAAUCGCCGAGAAGCUUCUACACAACCGGGAUCUGAGCUGCUUGCCGUUUUGGGAGGUUCGGUCAGACGACAUGGCCGACGUGGCGGAGAAGCUCGAGCAGCUCGAAAUGAUCGGAAUCGAUCUCGGCACCACAUACUCAUGCGUCGGUGUUUGGCAACACGACCGUGUAGAGAUCAUCGCCAACGACCAGGGUAACAGAACCACCCCGUCGCACGUUGCUUUCACUGAUACCGAGCGGUUGAUCGGAGAUGCCGCUAAGAAUCAGGUCGCCAUGAACCCCAUCAACGCCGUCUUCGAUGCUAAGAGGUUGAUUGGUCGUAGAAUUUCUGAUGCCUCUGUCCAGAGCGACAUGAAGUUGUGGCCGUUCAAGGUUACCUCCGGCCCUGGUGACAAGCCCAUGAUCGGAGUCUCCUACAAGGGAGAAGACAAGCUCUUUGCCGCCGAGGAAAUCUCGUCUAUGGUUCUCAUCAAGAUGCGUGAGAUCGCCGAGGCCUACCUUGGCAGCACCAUCAAGAACGCUGUUGUCACAGUCCCUGCCUACUUUAAUGAUUCCCAACCUCCACCACAAAACACCACUUUUUCCGGUUAA